CGGGCUGCAUUAUUUGAUGUUGACAUGAAAGCAUGCACUACACCUGUCUAAAUUCAUGUUACUCUCCGAGGGCUCAUUUUACGUACAGUGGAUUUCUGAUGAUUGCUUAGUUUAGUCUCUCACAGCUUCCUUUUAAUCCCAUCUCUUUACAUUGUGCCCGUAAUGUCUGUGGUCUGUAGCAGCUCUGCGGGCUGGUUAUUGGAUGAACUCCAUCUCCUGGAUAAGUGGUACCAACGUGGAGGAGGGCUAUGCACAACCACCACUUCUCCCUCCCAUUAUAUGAGUGACCAUGAGAGGACUGGGGUCACUUACAGAUUCAGAGAGGACUUGUUCCUGAUUCUUAAACCUCAUAUAAAAACAUCAACAACUCUCACAUCUGAUACCUUAAAUGAUCCAGUGAAGAAUGACCCCCCGAGUGUCAAUAGCACUACCAACCGGAAGGUUAUCAGAAAGAAGCGGACUCGGUCAAGAUCUUUAAAUUCAGGAGAAGUGGACGCAAUGUUGUAUCACAAGAAGAUAAGUGAUCUCAUUUUGGAAGGGUCCCUGUCUUUGAUUCGUGAAGGACUUGAGAAAGGAUUUCUUCAGCCCUUGUCAGAGGAAGAGGAUAAAACAGAGCUAGUAACUAAAUUAUAUCCGAAGACCUGUGGCUUGGCAGAAUUGUGUGAUAUGGCAAAGUGUAUGCCUUUGUUAAAUAUGAGUGAUCUUGCUGUGCACAUUUUAAACAAUGAAAAUCAUUUCUCUCAAGGCACUGACUUUAUAACACAUAUCACAGAAAACAACUCAGAUUGGCCACAAUGCAUUCAGUUGUUAGGGGAAACAUAUCUCAUCCCACCCAAAAGCAGCUUUCUUAUGUCUGAUACAACUCGCAUUGAGCCUCUUCUUCAGUAUAAAAAAUACCAUAUCAUUGUUAUCGAUCCACCAUGGGAAAACAAAUCUGUGAAGAGAAGCAAAAGCUACAAUUACUUAUCUGCAGUGGAAAUUAAACAACUUCCUGUACCUGCUCUGGCUUACCCUGACUGCAUUGUGAUCAUUUGGGUUACCAACAGACAGAAGCACUUGCGCUUUGUAAAGGAAGAGCUGUUCCCUCAUUGGUCAAUCAAAACCCUAGCAGAAUGGCACUGGGUAAAGAUAACCAAAUCUGGAGAACUGGUAUUUCCCCUUGAUUCAGAUCAUAAAAAGCCUUAUGAAAUAUUAGUACUUGGAAGACUUCAAAAAGAUGAUAAUUCCAUUCCCAGGGAACCAACAUGUAAUCUAACUCCUAUUCCACAGCACAAGCUGAUAGUUAGCGUACCAUGCAAGCUUCAUUCUCAUAAACCGCCUCUAUCUGAGAUUUUGAAAGAAUAUGUCAAGCAAGAUGCGGAGUGCUUGGAGCUGUUUGCCCGUAACCUGCAACCUGGGUGGACUUGCUGGGGGAACGAGGUUCUCAAAUUCCAACACAUAGAUUAUUUUGUUCCCCUUGAGACCUGAAACUGACCAACAUCGCUUAGAAGGAGAUUUUCUUCAACAUGACAUUAUUUUUUUUUCUUUACCAAUCAUUCAUUUAGAGCGAUAAAGAUAGUUAUAGACAUUUUGCAAUAGAAAUCCUGCACAAUAUAUAGCACUCUCUUUUGAAAACAAGAUUAAUAUUUUGCAGGUUGUUAUUAUUGUUUGAUAGGGUUUGUAUCACAUUGCAAAUGCAUUGACAAUAUUAAGAUAACUAUAUUGCUCAUCCCCUGCUACAAAACUACCUGGUAGCACACAUGGACUUGGAAAAUUGAUCUGUACUAUUAAGUCCUGACAGGCAGUUAAAUAUUAUUGCCAUGGCACAUAUUUCCCUGAAGAAAUCGGCAAUUGCUUGUUCAAACAAUUAAUAUUUUAAUGGACAGGUGAGAAGUAUAAUCCCAGGUUUCAGUUUUCUGUUUCUAGCCAACAAUGAGAUGUUUCCCAGUGUAAAAUAUUUCAACCAAAAUGCAAAGUGGAUUUACUUUUUUUAUUUUUA